ACUUCCAUUUUCACCUUAGAAUGUACAAUGAAACUGAUGGCGCUCAGCAAGGACUUUUUUAAGAAUGGAUGGAAUAUUUUCGAUCUAAUUAUAGUAUCCGCAAGUGUCCUAGAUUUAAUUUUCGAGCUUGUCGACGGGCUGUCGGUGCUUCGAGGCUUGCGAUUGUUGCGCGUUCUUAAAUUAGCGCAAUCGUGGAUAACUAUGAAAGUUUUAUUAAGUAUUAUCAUUAGUACAAUCGGUGCUUUAGGAAACCUAACUUUCGUUUUAGUAAUUGUUAUAUACAUAUUUGCUGUGAUAGGAAUGCAACUUUUUUCGAAGGAUUAUACGCCUGAAAAAUUUUAUCCGGAUCCCGUUCCGAGGUGGAACUUUACCGAUUUUUUCCAUUCGUUUAUGAUGAUUUUUCGGAUAUUGUGCGGCGAGUGGAUCGAGCCUCUUUGGGACUGCAUGCGAGCAGAAACGACAGAAGGCCCGGGCACUUGCUUCGCAGUAUUUCUACCAACGCUCGUUAUGGGAAAUUUUAUGGUGCUUAAUUUGUUCUUGGCGUUGCUGCUCAAUAGUUUUAAUUCGGAAGAGCUCAAAAGUCGUAAAGAGGAAGUAGGAGAUGAAUCAAACAUAGCGAAAAGUUUCGAAAGGAUCCAAGCGCUUAUACAACAACGACGUCGGAAACGUGCCUUAGCUCGAGAACUUCGUCAAAACGAAAGUAAUUCACGUUUGGAACAGAUCGUUCGAGAAGUUAUGCAAAGACAGGCCGAAGAGAGAGAAUUUACUAAGGGAAUACACACAAAGGCUUACCAGGAAACUUUAAUUGGUUUUCCUCCGGACAAGAUUUACAAUCGGAGCUAUCAGGAGGCGAUGAAUAGGCCAAUCUCUUUAAUCAGUUACGAUAAAGGGGAAUUUAAAGAAAUUGUGCAGGAAGAGACUGAAGUAAAGAGAUAUUCCACAGUUAUAAAUGGCAGCUCGCAGGAAAAGAGCGGGGAAAUUAAGGGAAGUUCAGGCAACGAGAAGUUGGUGGCUUCAAGUCGUGGAACAACUUACAGUGAAAAUGAGACCGAAGAAACCGUAGAGCUCAAAGAUUUAAACAAGGGUACUUCGGAAGAUACAGAAACUGAAGAAACAACAUUGUAUGCGAAUACAAGCAAAGACAAAGAGGACGAAACACACCGCCCCUGGCAGACACUAGUGUCUUACGUUGACGAAUUAACCGUGGGCGGAAGAAGAAAUUCGAAGGGGCAGUACGUCGACGGUUUGGGAAAAUUUCCCGGAUUCGGUCGGAAUAAGCCUGAUAAAGUGCCACCAGACUGUUUUCCAAAGCAGUGCUACGAUAGAUGUAUUUUUUGGGAAAAAUGCACGAAUUUUAAGUGGUUCAGAAAGUUUAUGAAGCUUCGUUCUGCGAUUUUGUCCGUUGUGGAUACGCCCGCAUUUGAGUGGUUUAUUUUGGUUUUAAUUUUCGCGUCAAGCGUCACGUUAUGUUUUGAAGAUAUAUAUUUGGACGAAAAUCCGAGGCUCAAACACAUACUGUAUUGGACAAAUUUUGCAUUUUGCAUUAUAUUUGUUAUAGAAAUGUUGUUAAAAUGGGUUGCGUUAGGAUUUCACAAAUACUUUACCAGUUUUUGGACAUUAUUGGAUUUUUCUAUAGUUUUUGUAUCGAUGUUUAGCUUAUUAAUAGAAGAAAAUGAAAAUUUGAAAGUGCUUCGCUCAUUACGGACGUUGCGAGCGUUACGACCGCUUCGGGCAAUAAGUCGAUGGCAAGGGAUGCGUAUAGUUGUUAACGCCUUAAUGUACGCAAUACCUAGCAUUUUCAAUGUACUGUUAGUAUGUUUGGUAUUUUGGCUAAUAUUUUCGAUUAUGGGCGUACAAUUUUUUGGAGGAAAAUUUUACAAAUGCGUGGAUGAAGAAGGUGAACUGUUACCAAUUUCUAUUAUAGAAAAUAAGUACGACUGCCAUGCCAAUAAUUUUACCUGGAUCAAUUCCAAAGUGUCGUUUGAUCAUGUGGGAAUAGCCUAUUUGGCACUUUUUCAAGUGGCAACGUUUGAAGGAUGGAUGGAAGUAAUGGCGGAUGCAGUUGACGCUAGAGGCGUGCACCUACAACCUCAAAGGGAAGCCAAUCUUUACGCUUACAUCUACUUUGUCAUAUUCAUAGUGUGCGGCUCUUUUUUCACCUUAAACUUAUUCAUUGGCGUAAUAAUCGACAACUUUAACAUGUUAAAAAAGAAGUACGAAGGAGGGGUUUUGGAAAUGUUUCUAACCGAAAGCCAAAAGCACUACUAUACGGCUAUGAAGAAGUUGGGGAGGAAAAAACCACAGAAGGUUAUCAAAAGACCGUUGAAUCAAUUUCUGGCGAUGUUCUACGAUCUUUCCAACUCGAGAAGAUUCGAAAUUGCUAUCUUCAUUUUAAUUUUUUUGAAUAUGUUAACGAUGGGAAUUGAACAUUACAACCAACCCCACGCAGUAUUUUUUAUUCUAGAAGUUAGUAACGCCUUUUUUACCACAGUUUUUGGAUUAGAAGCGAUAGUGAAAAUGCUCGGUUUACGUUAUCAUUACUUUACGGUCCCAUGGAACGUCUUCGAUUUUUUAUUGGUAUUAGCUUCAAUAUUAGGGAUACUGAUGGAGGAUAUCAUGAUCGAUUUUCCAGUCUCCCCGACCCUCCUCAGAGUUGUGCGCGUGUUUCGUAUAGGUAGAAUACUGCGAUUAAUCAAGGCUGCCAAGGGUAUUAGGAAGUUACUAUUUGCGUUGGUGGUGUCACUGCCGGCCCUAUUCAACAUCGGCGCAUUACUCGCUCUUGUCACAUUCAUCUAUGCUAUAAUUGGCAUGUCAUUGUUCGGACAUGUCCGACAAACCGGAGCUUUGGAUGAUAUGGUCAACUUUCAAACAUUUGGACAUUCGAUGCACUUGUUAUUUCGUUUGAUGACCUCAGCCGGGUGGAAUGACGUACUCGAAUCUUUAAUGAUUGAACCUCCAGAGUGCGACCCGACAUUUAAAGGGCAGGGAAACGGCGACUGCGGUUACCCCUUGUUAUCCAUUACUUACUUUACCAGUUUUAUCAUAAUCAAUUACAUGAUCAUUAUCAACAUGUACAUCGCCAUCAUCUUGGAAAACUUCAACCAAGCGCAUCAAGAGGAAGAAAUCGGUAUUGUUGAAGAUGAUUUAGAAAUGUUUUAUAUCCGAUGGUCAAAAUACGAUCCACACGCUUCGCAGUUCAUUCGGUUUUCUCAACUGUCCGAUUUCAUAGCGUCGCUGGACCCUCCUCUGGGAAUUUCGAAACCAAAUACAGUUGCCUUAGUGAGUUUUAACCUACCAAUAGCGAAAGGAAAUAAGAUACAUUGCUUGGAUAUUUUACACGCGUUGGUGAAGCACGUUCUUGGACACGUGGAAGAAACUGACACUUUCCGUCAGUUACAAGAGCAAAUGGACAUAAAGUUCAAGAAGCAGUUCCCCACAAGAAAACAAUUAGAAAUUGUAUCUUCAACGCGCAUAUGGAAACGCCAAGACAAAGCUGCUAAAAUAAUCCAAAAAACCUAUCGGGAGUAUACCAAAAGAAAAAGAGAACGAGAGCGGGAACUUGAAAGAGACGUUGAAGACGAACAAACUCAGACCUCAUCACCUGGCGGCGGUUGGCAAGGACGACUGUCCGCAUUUUUGCACGUACAUCGAGGGAGUCGCGCAUCUUCUCGCAAAUCCUCUCGGGCCUCGGACGCGAGCGAUCUGAGCGAGUUAGGUGGUCCCUGGUUGAAUUUGCCGCUGCUCUUGCUGUCGAGCGCGGCGCACAUGGCCCCUGAGGAAUUGGACUUGGCGCGCGAGUCCCACGAUGUCAAUAUCAUGGUAAGUGGAGCUACGCCUCAGGGAAAUUCUCCACCAACGCCCUCGUUGCCUGCGCAUCCAAGACGACGUAGCAUUUACAAUUUCUUCUUGCGACAUCAGGACGCCGUAGAAACACCUUACGAUGUAACUUCGCCGCCUAUGUUUAAAAAGUCUUUCAAAACCGGAAGUUUACCGUCACCCAUUAACCCUUCGCAGCAAUCGGACGAGUUCGCCGUGCGAAAGGGUAGUUUAAUUAAACGGAAACCCUCCGAGAAAAAAGGAUCUUUUCGAAAAAAAACGGAAAAUAAACCGGCGAAGGACACAAAUAAAACGGAGCAAGAAACCGACGUUAGCAUCCUCGUCACCGAACCUUCUCCAGACUCUCCCUCUUCUAGACCGACUUUGCAAAGACAGCAAAGCGAAUCUACCGUAGUGCAAGUAUUAGUGCAUAGAGAAAGUGAGGAAUACAAUCACGAGGACGAUGAAAACGAAGAUCAUUUACAAAAUAGUGAAUUAGAACACUUUAUUGUGAACUUGGAACAAGACAGUGAUACUCAAGAAGACAGCUGAUUUUGACUGAAUUUUUAAAGUUGGGGUAAGUCGACACUCCGAAUUUCAUUUACCGACAAAAUAGAAAUUUAUUAAUUCGCUCUAUCUACAAACCGUUGUAAAAAGUACUUAAUAUCUUAAUUUCAAAUCGUAUAAGUAUCUAAUGCAAUACCUACAAGAGUAAAUAUUAAAAUUAUGCUUCCAUUACGUUACUACAACGUGUAGAUUAGGUGUAAAUUAUAAAUGAAUUAUAAUAGGUAGCUAUUUCAAGUUUUGCUAUGUAAGCCAGUCAAUUACAAAGUGCAUAGUCUGAGACAUCAAAACGAGUGUACAAUCAACAGUUAGAAGAUCUUAUUUAAGAAUAGUCGGUACUGUAGCAUAGAUUCCAGAUUCUUAGCUUAAAUUGUUACAUAAUUAUAUGAAAUUAAUGGAUGUCGACAUAUAUUAUAUCAAUAUAAUGCGUGAUACAUAGAGAAAUUCAAAUAGACAUCUCCAUUAAUUUCAAGAAAAAAACUAUUAUUCUGUUUAAAUUGACUUCUUGAUAGUUAUUUUUUACAUUUAAAAGUCAACUUUUCUAUAAAAUGCAGAUAAAAUUAGGAGAAAUAAUUUAAGUAGUAAUCAGUAUAUUGACAAUAUCAAGUUACAAGUUAUAAAGGCCUAAAAACGUAUGUAAUACAUUAAGUUUAUUUUUGUAUAGUAUAGCACAUUAUCAACAAGUUCAUCCAUUCCUUAUUUUGUUAUUUAGGUUGGUACCGUCAGAGCCAUUAUUUAUCCCUAAACGCUUAAAUUCUUGUAGCACAGCUAAAAUAGAUCCUUCGUUUGAUCCUCAAUCGACGUACCAACUCAAACGAACGAACAAUCAUCUGAAUAUAUUUAGUUUCAUAUUUUGGGACGUUUAAAAUAUUUACUCCACCAAACUGAAAAUAAUCGUAGGAGUAAUACAGGGUGUUGAAUUAGUGGUAGUCUAUAAUUUAUGUUACGAUCAUUUGAAUUGGGAACAGUUUUUGACUAGAAAUAGCAAUUACUAAAUAAUUGUGAUAAAAUUUUAUAAAAGCGCAAUUAGAAAAAAUAAUUUUAAAUGUCUCAAGAUUGAAUAGAUACUAAAAUACCUAUUAUUACACGAAUCACAUCUAUUGUUAUUAAUGUUACGAAAAUGUCUAUAUGUUAAGAAAAAGCAAUACAUAGUUUUGUUGGUAUAAAUAGUAAUGGGGCCAGUUAAAAACAAGUUUUGUGAGAUAAGUAGAUUACAUAAUAUUUAGAAUUGCAAAAAAGUUUACUUUGAGGAGUAUACAUUGCUGCAAAGUAUAACUGAAUAGCCUGUGUAAAAUUGCCUCUAUAUGAUUUUUAAUGAUUGUGAUAUUGUAUUAUAAAUUGUUAAUAUAUUGUUACAUUUUACUUAACUCAAGUAUAUAAUGCCAAAAUGAAGCAUUGUAGAUUACGCCAAAAUUGUAUAAGUUGAAUGGUUAGUGAGAAGUUCUGCCUUCAUUAUUGCAUUUUGAAUUUUCUCUGUUCGUAUGGGUUAUGUAGGCUUAGAUUGUAUAUGA